GGCGGUGUUUCCUCCUCCUGAGCAGCGACGUCCUGCGACACAUUUUCUUUUCUUCUUCUUCUUCUUCUCUUUUUAAACAACACUCCGAACACUGCUCGGCUCGGAGCCCCGGCGGCACCUCCGGCGUGGCUUCGGCCAACUUCCUGCGCUUCCGUGGGCGCGAGGUCCUGUAGCGCCGCGCCGCGCCGUCGGCAUGCUGCGCGCGUGCUAACGAGCGGCGGUGCGCGGAGCGGGGGGCUGCGCGAUGCGCGGAGGCGCCGACUCCGUCCGCAGAGGCUCUGACCGGGGGGACCGCUGACCUCCAUCCGCGAGAAGAUGCAUCUGUUUCGGAGCUACAACUACCGAGUGUUCCCGGACCGCUACUCUGGGGAAACGCCGACCAUACGAGGCAUCAGCUGGACGCCGCUGUCAGACGGCCUGGAUUCAAAGGACACCAUGAAGCAGUUUCUUUCAGAUCGUAUACUGAAAGCGGCGAGGGCGGUGUACGGCGCCUUGAUCGAGCACAACCCCGGUCUGAUCCGAGAUAGAAAGUACCAUCUCAAAACAUACAGACUGUGUUGCUCAGGCAGGGAACUUGUUGAUUGGCUAAUGAGGUUAAAUGAAUGUGUCCAAUCACGAUACCAGGCGGUUGGAAUGUGGCAAGUGUUGGUGGAAGAAGGAAUCCUUGUUCCUGUGAAACACGAGUUGAACUUCCACGAUAAAGACACCCAGUUCUACCGAUUCCUGGACUCGGAGUUCGGCCUGAGCCACAUAACCAAUGACAAAGAGUCAGAGGAUGAGCUGCAAGAAGGCCUCUCGCUGCUGUCUCAGAUGGGUCCGGACGCUGUCCUCACGAUGAUCCUACGCAAGUGCCCCAGUCAAAGGAGCUCUGAGGAUUUGGAGGUCAUCUAUGAAGAGUUACUCCAUGUCAAGGCUGCUGCCCACCUUUCCACCUCUGUGCGUAAGGAGCUGGCAGCGGUGCUGGUAUUUGAAUCGCAUGCCAAGGCAGGAACAGUCUUGUUCAGCCAGGGGGACAAAGGCACGUCCUGGUACAUCAUCUGGAAAGGAUCUGUAAAUGUGAUCACACAUGGCAAGGGCCUGGUAACGACUCUACACGAGGGGGAGGACUUUGGGCAGCUGGCGCUGCUGAACGACGCUCCCCGUGCCGCCACCAUCAUCCUGAGGGAAGACAACUGCCACUUCCUCCGAGUUGAUAAACAAGACUUCAUACGCAUCCUCAAAGAUGUGGAGGCUAAUACGGUGCGGCUGGAGGAGCAUGGGAAAGCUGUGUUGGUCUUGGAGAAGAGCGCCGACUCCGUUGACCAGGGAGGAGCAGGAAACAGCAGCAAAUACACUGUGAUGUCAGGAACACCGGAGAAGAUUUUAGAGCACCUGCUGGAAACCGUGAAGUUGGACACUAAUGGAAAUGACACUAUAGAUCCUUUUGUGAGUGACUUCCUUCUCACCCACAAAAUCUUCAUGCCCUCCAGCCAGCUGUGUCUUGCUCUGCAACACCACUACCAUGCAGAACCUUCAGAAGGUUCAGAGCUGGAGAAAGCUGCCUAUGCUCUCAACACCAAGCAGAAAAUAGUAAAGCUGAUUUGCCAGUGGGUGGUGCUGUACGGCCAUCUGCUGAAAGAAGAUGCUGUUGCUCUCGACUUUCUGGAGAGGCUGAAGAAAGAGGUGGCGGAGGAUUCCCGUUUAUCCAGCAUGCUAAAGGACCAAUUUAGAGACAGGAGGAGAACCAGAGUGUUGGAGAAUGGAUACCAGUCACUGACCAGGCAGAACCAAAACUUUGAUUGGUUCUCAAAUUGUGAAGAGCCGGCGGGGAGGUUACAGCCCAUCAGAGCGCAGGAUAAAGUGUUGUAUGAGAUUUUUAGGCCCGACAGCAAACCUCUGACUCUGGUGCUCCCAGUAAAUACAUCUGUACAGGAUGUGAUGUCCGCCAUAGUUAAACCUGGAGGUGACCACGUCCUGGUGAAAAUGAACUCCAUGGGAGAAAGGGCUCAACUGAAGCUGGAUGCCACUGCGGUCUAUACUGCGUUGGGACUCAAUGAGAGGCUGUUUAUCUGCACAUCCAGCCAGGUGGAACAACUGAUGCCGCUGAAGGAGCAGCAGGGUCCAGAACAGGGCACCACUACCACCUUGGAGCAAAUGUGCUCGAAAGACAUCGCAAGCCAGCUCUCCAAUUAUGACUGGGAGCUCUUCACUGCCAUGCAUGAGGUGGAGCUUGUGCACUACAUAUUUGGCCGUCACAAAUUCCCGGGCACCAUCACGGCUAACCUGGAGAGGUUUUUGCGUCGCUUCAAUCAGGUGCAGUACUGGGUGGUGACCGAGCUGUGCCUCUGCGAGGAACUGGUGAAGCGAGCCACGCUGCUCAAGAGGUUCAUCAAAAUCGCUGCAGUAUUAAAGGAACAGAAGAAUCUCAACUCGUUCUUUGCCGUGAUGUUUGGUCUGGGCAAUAGUUCAGUACAGAGACUUUACAAGACCUGGGAGAGAAUACCCAGUAAGACAAAAAGGGUCUACUGUGCCUAUGAGAGGUUGAUGGAUCCCUCACGUAACCACAGGGCCUACAGACUGGCUGUGGCCAAACUCAGCCCUCCUUACAUCCCCUUCAUGCCAUUGCUGCUCAAAGACAUGACGUUUAUGCACGAGGGGAACAAAAACUACACAGACAAACUAGUCAACUUCGAGAAAAUGCGCAUGAUUGCCAAAACAGUGAAAAUAGUCCGGGGAUGCAGAAGUCAGGCUUAUGUGCCGUCUUCGCCGUCGAAAGGCCUGGCAGACCGGGUGUUUCUGGAGGCGCCAGCUAUCCGCAUAUCAACAUAUUCGGACAACUCUUUCCCCCUGAGGAGUCCCAGCAACAUCCGGCAGUACGUCGAAAACCUCAACGUGAUCGACAACCAGCGCAGGCUGACGCAGCUGUCAAGAACGAUAGAACGCUAGGACCCCAAGUGGACGAUGCGUUGCGCUUGUGCCCUAUAUUAUGACGUCGUAGCGCAGCUCUGGAUCAGAGGACGCGUUGUUAAAGACUUCCACACGCACCCGUUUAAGAUGGACUGCUGAAAUCGGUAUGUGGACCAGUUUGAAGGUGAAAGGCGAGCAAUUCCUGCUUCAGGCGUCCGCUCGAAUUUGAGAAGCUGGGCACGCGAGCUCACCGAGGCCCUUCUCUGCACAACGGGGGGAAGAGGAGGCCUUGCAGCGUGCACGGCAGUGACCUCUAGUGCCUAUUUUGAGAACUUCAGACAAACCUGGCUCUGUGCCUGCUGGGUUGUAGCAACUUUGCUAGUUGAUGGACGCUUUUAUCCAUAAAGCCUUACAACGCCAUUGCUGCAUACAUUUUAGUAUGGGUGGCCGGAGUCAGGCAUGGCCCCUUUAUAAUCAAUGGCAGUGUUUAUCCCAUACCCACUGAGCUGCACAUAAUUUUGUAACACUGAAGUUAUACGGAAAAUGACUAUAUACAUUAAUUUAUGAUUAUCUGUUGCAGCCCCUCGAUAAGAGUCUGGUGGUUUCAUGCAAAUACCAUGGUAGUGCAUACUGUCAAAACCUGAUUUGAUCUGCCUCAUUGGUUUGUGUCGGUAUUUUUACGUUACGUAAAGCUGAAUAUACAGUAUCAGAACAGUGUUUGGGUAGGCAGGUGACUAACUGAACAUGCACAUUAUUUCAUACUCUGUUGUAAGUACACAAUGUUAUUUUCUAAAUAAAUUAUUUUCUGAGUUGUGUGU